CGCUGUGGUAUAAGAGGGUGAGCUGGUCGCAACGUUAGCUCAAGCUUGCAAUGCAUCUCAACCUCGCUUUUGUAGCAGUCCUUUUCUCUAGUGCAUAUGCCACUGUUGACUGGAACCUGCAUGAGUGGAAAGCUCCUGGAGCCUCUGAUUUACGUGGCCCGUGCCCGGGUCUGAAUACCCUUGCGAAUCACGGUUUCCUACCAAGAGAUGGCAAGAAUAUUACUAUCGACAUUGUACUCAAGGCUGGGUUAGAAGGCUACAAUAUCGACCCGUCGGUCCUCAUCCUUGCCGCCAAGCUCGGCCUUCUCACUACGGACGCGCCUGAUAGUUUCACUCUUGAUGAUAUCAAACUACACGGAACCAUCGAACACGACGCUUCGCUCUCCCGCUCGGACUUCCUCCUCGGUGACUACGUCCACUUCAACGAGACGAUCUAUACCACGCUCACCGAGUCCAAUCCCGGUGUCGACUACUUCAAUGCGACCUCCGCAGGUCAAGUGCAGAAGAAGCGGCUCGCUGAUGAUACCCUUGCUAAUCCUGCUAUCGUCAACACCAUCAAGGAGUUUACUAUACGUAGUGGCGAGUCUGCGUUUUAUCUGAGUGUCAUGGGCGAUCCGGUGAAGGGUGUUGCGCCCAAGAAGUUUGUGGAUAUAUUUUUCCGUGAAGAGCGGCUGCCCAUUAAAGAAGGGUGGACCAAGCCGACGACAUUGAUCACGAUUCAGACGAUCACUCCGAUUAUGGGCAUCAUCGAAGAGGCUUCAGAGUGGGUUGAUAGCGGCAAAUGUCCCUUCGUUCGCGUCAGUCCUGACAGCAAUGUUACUUCUUGCUCGUAGGCAUACUAUUUCGAUAACAGAUUAUAUAUGCUUUUUGUGAAUGAAAGAGAGCUUUUUCGGGUCAACUCUGCGACACACUUUUGGUGAACUC